UUCUUCCCACCGCGUAGGGCUGGCGGCUUACCUACCCUUCAGGGUGUUUGGUAGCGCUUCCGUCUCUUCUGCUCUGACCUGCUCUGGUGGUUGGAGUCGAGGGAAGGACGCAGGAAGACCUAGGAAAUCUCGCAAUGGACUCAUUGGCUAUUGAGGAUGUGGUUGUGAACUUCACCCUGGAGGCGUGGGCUUUGCUGGAUCCUUCACAGAAGAAACUCUACAGAGAUGUGAUGCAGGAAAUCUUCUGGAACCUGGCCUCAGUAGGAAAAACAUGGGAAGAUCAUGACAUUGGAGAUCAGUACAAAAACCAGGGGGGAAACCUAAGUUUUCACAGAAGUCCUAUGGUAGAGAGACUCUCUGAACGUAAAGACAGUAGUUCCUGUGGAGAACACUUCAGCCUUAUUCCAUCUCUCAAUCUGAAGAAGAAAACUACUGGAUUAAAACCAUGUGAAUGCAGUGCAUGUGGAAAAGUCUUCAUGGAUCGUUCAUCCCUUACUAGACACGUGAAAUAUCACAUUGAACAUGAACCGGGAAAGUUUCAAAAAUAUGGUGACAAGCUAUAUAAAUGUAAGCACUGUGGUAAAGCCUUUAAUCAUUUCACUUCCUUCCUAAUGCACAAAAGAAGUCACACUGGAGAGAAACCGUAUGAAUGUAAAAUAUGUUCUAAAGCAUUGAGUACUCUCAGUUGUCUUCGAAAACAUGAAAGAACUCAUACUGGAGAAAAACCCUAUAAGUGUAAGGCAUGUGGGAAAGCCUUCACAUGGCUCAUAACCUUUCAAAAACACAUGAUAACACACAGUGGAGAUGGACCUUAUAAAUGUAAAGAAUGUGAGAAGGUAUUCAUUAAUCCCAGUUCUCUUAAAAUACAUGAAAGGAGUCACACUGGAGAGAAACCCUAUCAAUGUAAACAAUGUGGCAAAGCCUUCAGUUAUUACUGUUCCUUAAGAGUACAUGGAAGAACUCACACUGGAGAGAAACCCUAUGAAUGUAAACAGUGUGGAAAAGCCUUUAGUUGUCAUGAAAGCAUUCAAACACAUGAAAGAAUUCACACAGGAGAGAAACCCUAUCAAUGUAAACACUGUGAGAAAGCCUACAGAUACCACAGUUCUCUUCGAACCCAUGAAAGGAGUCACACUGGAGAGAAACCUUACCAGUGUAAACAGUGUGGAAAAGCCUUUCGAUGUAAACAAACCUUUCGAGCACAUGAAAGGAGUCACAGAGGAGAGAAACCCUAUGAAUGUAAGCAGUGUGGUAAAGGCUUCAGUUAUUUCAGUUCCUUCCGAAUGCACAAAUGGCAUCACACUGGAGGGAAACCGUAUGUGUGUAAAACAUGUUCUAAAGCAUUGAGUAGUGCCACAUCUCUUCGAAAUCAUGAAAGAACCCACACUGGUGAAAAGCCCUAUGAGUGUAAGGAAUGUGGGAAAGCCUUCACCUGGCACAAAACCUUCCAAUAUCACAUGAUAACACAUACUAGAGAUGGACCUUAUAAAUGUGAAGAAUGUGAGAAAGUAUUCCUUAAUCUUAGUUCUCUAAAAAUACAUGAAAAGAGUCACACUGGGGAGAAACCCUAUCAAUGUAAGCAAUGUGGUAAAAGUUUUAGUUCUCAAAAAGGUUUACAAAUGCAUGAAAGAACCCAUACUGGAGAAAAACCCUAUGAGUGUAAAAUAUGUGGGAAAACCUCUGCAUGGUACAAAACCUUCCAAUAUCACACGAUAACACACACUAGAGAUGGACCUUAUAAAUGUAAAGAAUGUGAGAAAGUGUUCAUUAAUCCCAGUUCUCUUAAAAUCCAUGAAUGGAGUCACAAUGGAGAGAAACCCUAUCAAUGUAAACAAUGUGGUUUAAGUUUUAGUUCUCAAAAAGGUUUACAAAAUCAUGAAAGAAAUCACACUGGAGAAAAACCCUAUGAAUUUAAGCAAUAUGGGAAAGCAUUGUUUGUUACCAGUUCUUCUCAAAGACAGGAAAGGACUCACACUAGAGAGAAACCAUAUGUGUGUAAAACAUGUUCUGAAGCAUUUAGUACUCACAGUUCUCUUCAAAAUCAUGAAAGAACCCACACUGGAGAAAACCCCUAUGAAUGUAAAAUAUGUGGGAAAACGUUCAGUUCCACCUAUGUUCAAGUGCAUGAAAGAAGUCACACUGGAGAGAAACCCUUUCAAUGUCAGGAAUGUGGGAAAGCCUACAUUUCUCUGUCAAGCAUUCGACGGCAUAUGAGACUGCACACUGGAGAGAAACCAUACAAAUGUGAAGAAUGUGGGAAAGCCUUCUUUUAUCACAGUAAUUUACAAAGGCAUGAAAAGGUUCACUAGAUAAAACCUCUUGUUUGUAAACAGCUGGGAAACACUUCAAUUGGCCCACAUCCUUAGACGUGAAAACUCCUAUGAAGAAGUAUAAAUGUGACAUGAGAUAACUUGAUGGAAAGUAAUCCAUGCCUAAUGUUCCAGAAAACCUUCAGUAUGAAAGACUUGUUUUAAAAGUUUUUAAAUAUGCUGUGUUUAGCAAGGAUCUUUCUUAAAGUGUAUCCUUGGACAUAGGAUUUCUACUAAUUUCAAAAAUAAUAUUAAUGUGUGUUCUGUAAGUUGUCUUUCAACAAUAGUACAUAAG